CGAGAUCGGGAUAUUCUGUGUGUAGGAUCUAAACACUAAACAUGGCCAGCAGCUGCUGUGGGGUUAAGAAACAGAAGCUGAACAACUCAAUGCCGUCUAUAUGCAAUGGAUCGGUGUCAGGAGGACAUUCCAGUUAUCACAAGAAUGGAUAUUCUGUUAUUCUUCCAGAAAUGUGUUAUUUCUGUUUUGAUGUACUUCAUGGUUAUCUUCAUAACUAUGAACCACCCAGAUCUAACCCACCCUUCACGAAUGAGGCAUUCCCUCUCUUUGUGACAUGGAAAUUGGGCCGUGAACGUCGUCUUCGUGGGUGCAUCGGGACAUUUUCCCCUACCUCAUUACACAGUGGCCUGAGAGAGUAUGCUGUCACAAGUGCAAUGAAGGAUAGCCGAUUUGAACCCAUCACCAAAGAAGAAUUCCCGAAGUUGCAUUGUUCAGUCUCAUUGCUUACUCACUUUGAGGAGGGAUUGGACUACUUAGACUGGGAGCUUGGAUCUCAUGGUAUUCGUAUUGAAUUCAUCAACGAAAAGGGCCACAAAAAAACAGCAACAUAUCUCCCAGAGGUAGCAGUUGAGCAAGGCUGGGAUAGGAUACAAACCAUCGACUCUCUACUACGGAAGGGUGGCUUUAAGGGACCAAUCACGCCAGAGGUGCGCAAGUCUAUACGACUGACUCGCUAUCGCAGUGAAAAGAUCACCAUUGCCUACACUGACUAUGUGGCACAAAAGCAGAACGGCAAUGCAUGAUGUCACGCCAGCCUCGUCCCUAGGCAGCAGCAGCAACAGCAGCAUCAGCACCAGUCCAACACCACCAUCUUUAUCAUCACCAUUGUCGUCAUCCUCUUUACCAUGGCCAACAUAAUUUUCGUUGUACUGACAGUAGAGUCGUCCAUUUAAGCUCAUUGUGGUUCUCAUUUUUCUGUUAUUAUGGAAAUGUGUGAGAUGGGAAAUUUUCUACCUUUCCUUUGGCAACGCCAGCUUGGAAGAAGAGGGCAUUUCGGAAAAGGUUGUGGGUAAAUGAGUGUCAUGUGACAUCAAAAUGCAGAUAGAAUGGAGAACUUGUGUUGGAGCAGUGUGCUGUAUUUUCCAUGAAAUUUCCGGCUGGCUUCAGGGGGAUGUUUGAGGUUUUUUUGCCUUUUUUUUUAGCUUGGAUUUAAUGUGUGCUGUCUGUAUUGUACGACAAUAUGUAGAAACAAAAGAAUCAAAGCAGUGAAUAAAGCGAGUGUUAUUACCAUAGCAAUAAAGCCUGCACCAGGCUAACCUUGUAGUUAGGUGUGUGUGAUGUGACAAUGAUGGUGUCUGGGUUUUGCAGCAAAAUUGCUGCUUGUGUGAUGACAGUAAAACCCCUCUGCCCGCUCCACCCCCAUUUAUCCUUAAAGCACCAAUAUGCAAAUGUUAACUUUUAGAAAGUUUGUAAACUAGGGUUUGUGAAAUGUAUCUUAUUCUGAUGCGUCUGUGUUGACUGCAUGAUGGAAGUGUAAUGCUUAUUUUUCUGUUUAGCACCUUUUUCAUGAAUCUUUCCAUUCUGUUGUGCAAUGCAACUAUAUCAAACGUAAUGCCUUUCUUUAACACCCUUAGCAGCAUGAAUCGGAUAUGGUAAAUGGGUCCCGUAUAAUUGUUCAUAUUUCAUGCUGGCUUACAGAACGGACUGUAUGUUUUGCAUACUGUAUUGAUAUGAUGAGGAAUUUGUGUUCUCAAACUGUUGUAGUAGAAGCAAUUUUUAGGCUCUCUACUACUGUGUUGCUUUGAGAAUAUACGUUUGAUAUGCCUCAGAGAGAAAGGAAAGUAUAGUAAAGGACCACUUUCAACAUUUUAUGUGGAUGAAUUGGGAUUAUCAUGGUGCUCGUACUUUCAAUGCCUACAAAAAUCGCAUGUUUGUAACACUCACAUAGCUGCUUCAAGAACCUUGAGAGAUAUGCUGCAUACAAAUACUUCUACUGUGUGAUUUUGUAAAAUAUCUAAUAAGUCACACCUCCUUCACUAGUUGCACUUCAUAUUUUUUCCUUGUUCAUUUGAUCCCUGUACAGUUUAAUUUGUGUAUGUCAUCUGUAUUACAGGUCAGAUUAGGUGGGUUUUGGUUCAUAAUGAAUGAGUAUGGUGUCUCUAAUAGUGGCUGCUCUGACAUUUUUAUUAAAAGGUCACAGCUGGGGCAUGUGUAUGUGUAAAGUUAGUGCUAGUCAAACAUAGCAUUUAGCAGGUGUUUUAUGGGGGUAAAGAACUUCAUUAGUGAUGAUGAUGGACUACAGUUUGAAUCAAGGCACUGGCUUGUUACAAUCCGUUCGUUCUGAAAAUUUACUUUUGAAGACAAUGUUGAAUGACUUAUUUUCUGAGGGGAAUGGAAAAACAUCAUUAGGUUAAAUUUGUAAGUUUAAAUCAUUAAAUUGAAAACUAGCUGUCCAAAAUAGAUCAAUCUGACCUGAGGAUGUUCCCUCCUUAUAGAUGCCUUUUUUCUCUCGUGUUUGGAGAUUAAACUGAACGUUAAAAAUCAAACAUUAUAUUGAUCUGAAAAACCUUGAAGCAGCCAUCUGGUUUUACAUAUAACCGCAGAUUUAGUGAUGCGGAUGAUGUCUGAGACUGAUGGGAGGGUGCGGCUAGUUACAUUUUUAGUGUUUUACAAUACAUCAACAAGUGAUUGGUAGAUGCUGUGGUAUAGUUUUAUCCUUUCCUAUCAAAUAUCUGUCGCCCUUAUCUCUUCUCUUUUUUUUUUUUUUUUUUUUUUUACUCUCAAGUAACACCUGAAAUCUUCUGCACAUAUUUGUGUUUCAAGUGUCGUAAAACACUUACUAAAACAACCAAAAUAGUACAUUAUAGUUAAGGCCUCAAAGUAUGAAUUUAGUCCCUUUCCAAAGAAUGAAUAUCACAUUGAGGUUGGUAUACCACAGCACUUCUCACUUUUUUAUCUAAAUGCCUAGUGUGAGGAAGGAGGAGCUUGAUAAAUUUUUCCCUCCUCGGUUCACAUCAUACAGAAAGUUUAUAAAAGUUGAAGAUGUUAAUCUAUGUUCAGCUUUUUUUUUCUUCCUUUUCUUUUUUUUAAAAGAAAUAAAAGUGUUUUGUCCAUUUUAUAAAAAGAAAGUUUUAUAAUUUCCUUCUAAACAUUUGCAUGUCUGUGGUCUAUGAGUAUAGCAGUUGUCUUAAUAUUGUGUGUCUUCUUACAAGCAGUAGUUUUGCUUUUAAUCAAACAUACUUAUUCAGAUUAGAUUUUCUUUUUGUCUCCCACUAAGUUUGCUUGACAAAAAAAACAUUGCGGGGCAAUUUACUCUACCCAUUUUAGAAUCGUUUCUUUACUUUUGCCGAAAGUGCUUUAGUGUUUUGUUUUGGCCAAACCUUUGCCCCCAUCUUUGUCUUUUUUGACAAAAGAUUCUGCACACAUCCUUUUACUAAGUAAUGAUUUUUAUGGGGCCAAUGAUUCAGUUAUUAUAUCUAUGUAGGCGUUUUCCCUCUCACCUCCUCACCUGCUUUACAUUCUUGAUUUCUUUCUUUUUUAUCAGUGUUUCAUAUUUGCUUGUGUGUAAAAAAUAUUACGGAGUGUUGGUGUGUAUCAAGGUUUUUACACGUCUUAAUGGUUUUUCCUGAAUGUAUGUGAGGAAAGUCUAUUCUUUCUAAAUGUAAGCCUUACUGCAUUAUGAACUCUGGUGGCAUGUACUCAUUACCUGUUCACUAUUUGAUGCAUUAAUUAUUUGUGUGUAAUCAUGGGUUGUUUUAUAAUUAUGUUUAUUAUCAUUUCCUUCUUAGCUCUACUUCAUAUAUUUAAUAAAAUCAAGAUGUUUGUCUUUGAUGUUGUACAAGAACAAAUUAUUCACUGAGUCUGAAAGAAAAUAUAUAUACACAGGUAUACCAGCAAUGAGUGUGUUGUUUAGAUGAUGUAUUGAAAGACUAGUAAUGUGUUUGAGACUGAAAAGUUCUGAGAAUGCUUGGAAUGUGGGGGUAUGAAUUUUUCAUGUGUGAAAUAUUCUAAUGCGAGUUUUAAUGGGUUUUUUACUUUUUUUUAGUUUAUUAAUUUGUUCGAAACAAGUAUUGUUCUAGUUCUUUGGUACAAAUUUGUGUUCUUUUUAAUUCAUUUGUGUGCAUUUUUUCUUGCUGUCAAUUUUAGCCGUGAAUAAAAAAAAAAAAUUGUGGUUUAGUUUAGUUUUUUUAGUUUAUUAAUUUGUUUGAAACAAGUAGGUUCUUUGGCACAAAUUUGUGUUCUUUUUAAUUCAUUUGUGUGCAUUUUUUCUUGCUGUCAAUUUUAGCCGUGAAUUUAAAAAAAAAUGUUGUGGUUUAGUUAUAUUUUUAGAUGCUUGUUGGUUUUUCUAUUUCAAUAAGUUAUUGCUCGUGAGAAUCACAGUGGGUAUUAUCCUGCACAUUUCUAAAACUAGGACAUUAGGGUUCAGUAACCAGUUUCCAGGUUUGUAAUCUGCAUGUGUGUUUGCAGUUAAUUUCUUGAAAUUUCAAAAGCUCAACUUAACAUGUCCGACAUAAGUGGAAUAUGGUAGCUUAGUUAAAUCCGAUUUAACUGAUUCAUCCCACAAAUAAUUCGUGACUGUUUUGUGACCUCACAGGGCUCUCAUAAAAAGUUAAUAAAGAAAUGUCUAGAUUUUAUAAAAUUUUAUGUGUGACAUAUAGAUAUUCAGAAUAAAGAAUACUAUACAUGGCACCAGAAAAAAAGGUUGAGUUGGAAGUGGUAAGGAAAAAA